CGAGAAAAGAGCGAAAAUACGCGAGACUCGGUCAGUCUUCGGCAUGUGCGAUCGUGCUAUCCAGACGGUCAAAAUGCAUAUAAAAACAUCACUUCAUCCUGUGGAAUGGCUUGGAUAGCAGACACAGCUCAGACCACAUCCACUCGAGUAAUAAUAAAUAUGACCAACACAACUGUGGCUUUCUUCGGUGCCAGCGCCGGCGUUGGCCUUUCAGCACUCAACCACACCCUCGCUGCCGGCCAUCAAUGCAUCGCUCUCUGCCGGAAUCCCUCGAAGCUCACAGCUAUCUUCCCUCCAGCAUCAACAUCCAAUCUGACCGUCAUGGAGGGCAACGCACAUGAUGUCGAUGCCGUAUCCAAGUGCCUCCAAACCCCAACCGGCAAACUAGUCGACCUAAUCGUGACCACCAUCGGCGGGAAACCCAUCAUAUCCAAGAUGAGCGUGACACUCGACGAUCCUCACGUUUGCCAGCAAGGCGCAACUGUCCUGCUUGAGGCUAUCACCUAUCUACGAUCUCGUGGUAUCACGGGCAAUCCACACAUCAUCGCCUGUAGCACGACGGGCUUGUCCCGAUUUGCCCGUGAUGUCCCACUCCCUAUGGUACCUGUUUACACCGUCAUGCUAAAGGUUCCCGGCGAGGACAAGAAGAUCAUGGAAGACCGCUUUGCAGAAAGUGGUGAAGCCUACACGAUUGUCCGUGCAAGUCGUUUGGUUGAUGGCGAGACAGACAAGAUGGUCCGGGUGGGACUUGAGGAUUCCACGACUGGUACAGAGUCCAAGGCGAUUGGAUAUAGUAUUUCCAGAGAAGAUACGGGGAAGUGGAUUGCAGAGCAUCUUGUCAUGAAAAGAGAUGCGAGGUAUUUGAAUAAGAUAGCGACGAUUACCAACUGAUAGAAGAUCAUCUGGGUGACGUUAUCAGGACUUGCCUUUAUGGAUCUAAUGGUUACUUUAUUUUGUCAUGUCGCGCUGAAUAUGAUGGGCUUAUCCAUGUAUAGUAUAUUAUUUGAAAGCAACUUCAACUCAUGAAAUACAUUUGAAUUCCCCC